AUGGAUACAAACCUUGAACUUGCCAACAUCAUCACCAUUCCAAACCCUCCUCAAGAUGAUGAUGAUGUUAGACUUGAACCCAAACCAACACCAAUUCUGACUAAAAAGAAAAACCAUGGUCCAAUGCGUGCCUUUAGGGUCGCACUUCACAUGAUGCGAGGAAAUUCUAAAAAACCAAACAUCAUUUCUACACAUGAUGAAUCUAAGAACGCUUGGAAGAAACUUGUGGGGUCAAUGAGGCCAUUACACCUCCAAAGCAACCAAUCCCCGCGAUUGUCUUCUCAAUCCAAUGGCAAGAAAUUCGAUCAAAUGAUCGCUCUGCCACCACCUUCUCCGUCUGAAUCAAUUGGUGGUGGCAGCGCAUUUGUCGAUUUUUCAACCGACGAGGAGCCUUUCUCGCCUUUUUCUCCAUCUCCAACAAGUAGCCGUUAUGCCUCGGCUAUAGGAUUGAAUGAACUCGUGUCGAGUGACGAGGAGAAUGAUCGACCCAAAGUGAUUAAGGAAGAGUGUAAUGAAAACGGGGACGGGGACGAGAAGAUUGAUUCUAAAGCUGAAGAUUUUAUUGCUCAAUUUUAUCAUCAAAUGAGGUUGCAACGUUUGAAUAAUGUGGAUCGUGAUUAUCAAGAGCGAAGUGAAAGUCAUUGGAUAUGUGAUGUUUUAAAUGCUAAAUUAGUGGAGUUAGCUAAAAUUCAUAUUGAUAAUAAUUCUAAUAUGAUGACUAAGGCGUUAUCAAGAGGGGAGUUUGAAGCUUGUUUUGAUAUCUUCGAUUUGACGAUUUCCUCCACAUAG